GGCACCAGCGAACCUGGUGCUGGUGCCGGGCGGGUGAACUGGAACCGGGCCGGGCCGGGCCCGUGGCGGGCUCCGGGCGGCGGGAAAGGCUGUGGAGAGGCCCCGCGGGUCGGGGUCCGCACGUUCGCGCCGCGGCCGACUCAGUCUUCUGAGAGGGAAUGUGAAGAUGCUUAAAGAGCGUCCAGGGAUGGCGGAAGAUCCUCAGCAGCAAAUGGAUAUUCCUGUGGUGAAAAUGGAGAAAGAGUUGCCAUGGGGCAGGGCAAGAGAAGACUCCAGUCCUGAGACUUUUCGCCUGAGGUUUCGGCAGUUCCGCUACCAGGAGGCAGCAGGUCCCCAAGAAGCCCUCAGGGAGCUUCAAGAGCUCUGUCGCGGGUGGCUGAGGCCUGAGCUGCACACCAAGGAGCAGAUCCUGGAGCUUCUGGUGCUGGAGCAGUUCCUGACCAUCCUGCCCCGGGAGUUCUAUACCUGGAUCCGGGAUCACGGCCUGGAGAGUGGCAAGGCUUUGGUGACCAUGGUGGAGGACUUGACAGAGAAUGCGCUGGAGGCCAAGGCGGUUCCAUGCCACAUGCAGGGAGAACAGCAGAAGACAGCCCUUGGCAGAGGUGCUUGGGAGCCAGGCAUCCACCUGGAGCCAGUAGAGGUCAAGCCUGAGUGGGGGAUGCCCCACGGGGAAGGAGUUCAAGUCCUAGACCAAAGAACUGAAGAGCAGCUGAGUCAGGACCCUGGAGAUGGGACGCAGGCCUUCCAAGAGCAGGCACUCCCUCUUCUUCAAAUGGGUCCAGGCCUCCCUCCAAUGAACACCAGAGACCAAGAGAUGGCAGCUGGGUUUCUUUCAGCAGGAGCACAGGGAUUGGGGACCUUUAAAGACAUGGCCCUGCCUUUUCCUGAGGAGGAGUGGAGGCAUGUGACCCCAGCCCAGAUUGACUGCUUUGGGGAAUAUGUGGAACCACAGAACUGUGGGGUCUCUUCAGGCAUUGGGAGCAAGGAAAAGGAGUCAAAACCCCAGCAGGAAGACCUUAAAGGGGCAUUUGCUGGGCUGUCAUCUGAGAGGUUUGGGGAAGCUGCUGUCCCUGGACCUGGGCUGGGAGGAGCCUGUGAACAGGAGCCUGGGGAAUCCGGGAGUGGUCUGCCAGGACUUCCUGCUCCGCAGCACAGUGUCUCCUUGCCUGAGGAUCUCAAAGCGCAGAGUUCCUUCUGGAAGCCUUUCCAGUGCCCCGAGUGUGGGAAAGGCUUCAGUCGGAGCUCCAAUCUCGUCAGACACCAGCGAACCCAUGAAGAGGAGAAGUCCUAUGGCUGCGUGGAGUGUGGGAAGGGCUUCACCUUGAGGGAGUACCUCAUGAAGCACCAGAGGACCCAUCUGGGAAAGAGGCCCUACGUGUGCAAUGAGUGCUGGAAGACCUUCAGCCAGAGACACCACCUGGAGGUCCACCAGCGGAGCCACACAGGGGAGAAGCCCUAUAAGUGUGGGGACUGUUGGAAGAGCUUCAGCCGGAGGCAGCACCUGCAGGUGCACCGGAGGACGCACACCGGUGAGAAGCCCUACACCUGCGAGUGCGGCAAGAGUUUCAGCAGGAAUGCCAACCUGGCUGUGCAUCGGCGAGCCCACACCGGGGAGAAGCCCUAUGGGUGCCAGGUGUGCGGGAAGCGGUUCAGCAAAGGGGAGCGGCUGGUCCGACACCAGAGGAUCCACACGGGAGAGAAGCCUUACCACUGCCCCGCCUGCGGUCGGAGCUUCAACCAGAGGUCCAUUCUCAACCGGCACCAGAAGACCCAGCAUCGCCUGGAGCCCCCGGUGCAGUGAGGGCACCACCUGAGGAAUCCCUGCCCCAGGGUAUCCUUCAUCUUUUUGAUGGGCUUGGAGGACAAGCAGUGAUGGCAUGCAGGAAGGCUCUCGGGCCAUUUCCUUUCCACUGACUCAGACCAGGCUGAGGACAAGUCUGGCUUAUUGAGAGCUCCCAGAGGGCACAGCCGCCCAUGCCUGCUAUCUAAGUGGUGCCUAUGGUUUUUCUGGUAACCUUUAAGGGAAACAGUAUUCUGAACUUUAGUUCAGGCUGGGAUUUUUCCCGUCAGUUGGGUGUUUGGACACACCUCCAAGUCCAGUAGUAGGGGCAGAAUUUUGUCAGUGGUUGGCAGCUUGAAGCUCAUUAUCCUGGGUCUCUAUCCUGCCUGUGAGAUCUGGCUCAGACUCACCUCACACUUUUCCAUUUACAAAUAUUUAUUAAACACCUACUAUGCUCCUGGCACUGAGAAUACCGUGGUGAAUGACAGACACAGAUGAGACCUUGUUAUCACAGAGGAUUCCAAAGUGCGUUGUGUUGCAAGGGCCAUGUGAGGGCCUCCUGUCACGUGCUGCCAGCCUGCUCCCUGCUGGACCUCACCUCGGCCUCCACCCCGCUGGGAUCUUCUCUCAAGCAGCCUCCUUUGUUUUGCUUCAUUUGUAGCCUUUUUCUCUGACUGUAAUAUUCUUCCCUCAUCUGUAAAGUUUUCCCAUCCCAGCAUAUUCCUUGCACUAUAACAACAGCUAUUAGGAAAUUAAUAUUUUGCUAUUGAUCACGAAUAAACAUAAACCGUAUUUUUAAAAAAUGUCACAUUCUGCCAAAAGACUAGAUUAAAUGAGUCUGAAAGGUGAACUAGUAUUAAUGCCCUAUAUCAAUGGCACUUUAUCUGACAUAUAAAAAUGCUUUUCUAUUUUUUUUUUAAAUUUUUUUAUUGUUUUAGUUUUAG